AUGGUCGAAACGAAAGCCGGCUCCUCGUCCCACUCGCCAGGCUCGACUGGCAAGCCAAGCGGAGGCCGCCCACGACUGAUUUCAUCCUGUCUGACGUGCCGCCGGAGGAAAGUCAAAUGCGACCAUGUCCAUCCCGUCUGCGGCUCAUGUACGCGAGGAAACCAUGUGUGCACCUGGACAGACCAGGUCCAGGCACCCACGGGCACUGGAAGAAUCGCCAAACCCACCGGGGCAAACGGCGGCAAAGGACCAAGGUCCACUGACGUCCAGGCGCGUCUCGACAGACUCGAGUAUCUCCUGGAAAAGGCCGUCGCAGGUCAGCGGACCAACGCAGCAUCAUCUGUACGAUCCAGCACCGAAAUUGAGAGAAGAGACGGAGACGAGGUCAUGACUCCGUCCUCCAACAGCCAGACUUCCCACGGAGCUGGCAUUGCCUCUGACGAUGGCGACGGCACCCUUUUGCUCAACGGUGGACAAUCGCAAUUCGUCUCCUCGCUGCAUUUUGCAUUACUCGCCGACGAGAUCCAAGAUAUCAAGGCUUUGCUUGGCGACAAGACUGAUGAAGAGAGAAAGGAAGUGCCGCAAAACAGCUUGGUCGACUUGCUCUCACUAGGCCGCGCAGGGCCAGGCUCAAACCUGGACAACCUACUUCCCAGCACACAAGAGCAUCGCGACACACUUUUGGACGUCUACUUCGCCAACGUAGAUCUAAUGGUUAGAAUCACCCAUAGACCCACAUUACUGCGCAAAUUCACCACGUACAACCAUGACGCGCAUCCCAUUGUCUUUGCAAUUUACUUUUCUGCCAUCAAUUCAUUACCGCCGAGAAUUGUCGAGAGCAAGUUUGGCGAAACCAAAGAAGCCUUGUUGGAGCGGUUUCAACUGGGCGUUGAAAUCUCCCUGGCUCGAGAAAAUUACCUUACGAUGUCCAAUAUCGACAUAUUCCAGGCGUUCGUGCUAUGGCUGACUUGCAUCUCAAAAGAGGAAGACAUGGGUAAAGCAUGGGUAUUGAUGGGUAUAGCCUACCGCAUCGCCCUCAAUCAAGGCCUACACCGAGACCCAUCCUUGUUUCCCGUUGGGUCAAUGGAUGCGCUAACCAUUGAACUGCGCCGUCGCGUGUGGCAUCAGGUUGGUCAUUUGGAAUUUCGAACAGCUGAAUGCAAGGGUCAGGAACCUAGCAUAACUGAAGAUUCCUACACAACGCUCUUCCCGCGGAACAUUGACGAUGAAGACCUCGUUGAGGGUUCCAGCCCGGGCGAGGCCCCAUACAAUGAGCAGAAAUUCACAACCAUGACAUUCCAACUGGUACGGUUUAACGGUAUGCGAGCGCUACGACGCAUCAUUCAAAGCACAUAUCGUCUAGAACGACGCAUGCUUGAUUCUGGACUCAACGGAACCUCUCGACCAGACCCCGCGCAAGAGCUGCGCAACCUCUACCAGCAGAUCAAGGUCAUGCUUGAUGAGGUACACGAGGAGACCCACCGGAAGUACUUGCAGUUUCUGAAUCCAGAUAUACCAGUGGAGAGAUUGACUCUGGGGCUGGCCUCGCUGCUGGAAUGGCGCGCCUACUUGCUUUUCUGGCUCCGUAUGCCGCGCGCUUACCGCGACCUUGUCUUCUCUGAGGAUAUUCGCAGAUCGAUAUUUGAAAAGUCUGUCAACUGCGUAGAGGCCAUCAACGGAGCGGUUGCCGAUGUUGAAGCAGCUCGUUUCCAAUGGCAUAUUGGCGCUAUUGCUUCAUUCCAAGCUAUCCUACACAUAUUGUCCGAGCUGCGCAAUCCCCUGUUUAAUGCACCGGACCGACAGCGAGCUCUAAGAGCAUUACAGAUGUCACGCAUUAUCCGAGAAAACAACACGGCAAAAGCAUGGCAAGUUGUUAAGAACAUGAUUGAUAAAGCCGUAUCCGAGCACAGCCUAUCCCCAAUUAGUCAAACACAGACGUUGAACCAGUACAUCAGCCAACCACCAGCCACGUCUACGCUCACACUGGGUACUGCACCAACCAGCAACACAAAUAUACUCACAGCCAUGCCGGGGAUGCAUAAAUUCGGCUUCCCAAACCAAUCUAUGCCGUACAAUCAGCAAGCACUACCAUCCCAACCCCAGCUAACAACCAUGCCAUCUCAACCUGACAUUCUGAGGUCGAUGCAGAAUUUCCAAGACCGUGCGCCGAUUUGGGAUGACAUUAAUCUGAACAACAUUAACAACAUUAUUGGAGACCUGCAACCAAGCACCGACGCAGUCCCUGAAUUUGACUUUGGUUUCUGGGGCGACCCCUUCAACUACGAGAACGAGCCUGUGGCCAUGCCGAUGCAAGAUGGCUACUUUCCCGAAUGGACAGGAGGAGUAUGAAAUACGCCAGAAGACGAUGUGGCGCUUUCUUCCUCUUCUGAGCCUACGCACGGCCUGGCUUCACGCACUUGCUAGACUAGAUGCUUUACUAUGUAGUCUUGCGUGGUGACUAUGGCUUCGGCACGCCGUUCCAAUAUCCACCAACUAGGAGCUGGCAUUGUAGAUGAGUGCAUUCGGCCAGGCCACCACAGCAAAACCCGGUAAAAGAGCGGAAUGUUCGCCAAGUACCUCACACGCCCGCCCACGCAUGCGAGCAAAAC